UCAACCUCUAGGCUCUCUCUCUCUCUCUCUCUCUCUCUCUCUGUAAAUAUUUAAAAGACGGUUAUUCAUCAGCUCAGGAACACAGAGUACUCUCUUGGAUUUGAGUUGUAAAAACAGGCUUUAUGAAACUAGAAGACUGAAGCUGUUUCAACAUGGUGAUAAGCUCAUGCUUUCAUAUAUUCCUCUCCUUCGCCUGCCUGGGAGCAAUCUCUUGCACUCCAGUGUUCAUGGAGAAGAAGGCAGCCAAUGGGGUGCUGAAGAGGCGGAUACGGGCUAACUACUUCCUGGAAGAGAUCAAGCCAGGCAAUCUGGAGAGGGAAUGCUAUGAGGAAGUGUGCUCCUUUGAGGAGGCCUAUGAAAUCUUCAAAACCAAAGAGAAAACUGAUGAGUUCUGGAACAAAUACAACAGACAAACUAAUGUAAACACCUGCAAGGGGAUCCAUUGUGAAAAUGGAGGCAUUUGCAUUGUCAUUGAUGGCGAUAAUUCCUGCCUGUGUCCGCCACGCUUUGAAGGGAGCAGAUGUGAAGCAGAAGUUUUCAAGUGUGAGUAUAAGAAUGGGGGUUGCCAGCAGUAUUGCACAAACAAGUACCACUCUGCCAGUGUGCAGUGCAGCUGUGCUCGAGACUACAGACUGGAAGAAGACGGGAAAACCUGUGAAAAAAUAGUGGAUUUCCCCUGUGGGAUGAAGCAGUAUAGCCCCUACAGGAGCCGAUCCCUCUUGGAUGAGAUGCUGCCCCUGAACCACACUGAGGAAAACGAUUACAUGGACCUGAUUGAGACGGUCGCCGGCAGCAACGCAACAAACCACACCCUCCCUGAGCCUGGGCAGGCCAUGAACACUGAUCUGCGCAUUGUGGGGGGCAUGCUGUGUCGUAGGGGGGAAUGCCCCUGGCAGGUUUACAUCCAUCAGAAGAAUGACUUUGGUUUCUGUGGUGGGACUCUGAUUACAGACCGCUGGGUUGUAAGCGCUGCACACUGCUUUGAGGAAAUCACCCCUCACCAUGUCACAAUAGGAAACUUUGACAAGUUGCGGCGGGAUUUGGAUGAGCAGAAGAUCCUGGUUGAGAAGCUGGUGGUUCACCCUCACUUUCACUCUGCCACCUUCGACAGUGACAUUGCCCUGCUGUACCUAGCGCAGCCCGCGGGGUUAGGGACGUACGCCACCCCCCUCUGUCUGCCCAACACUAACCUGGCCAAGCUGCUGCUGCAGGAGGGCAACAUGGGGCAAGCGAGUGGCUGGGGCAACACCCGCUACCUAGGCAGAUCCUCACGCUUCCUGCUCAGGGUGGCGCUCCCGGUGGUGAGUUAUGAGAAAUGCAUGAAAAGCACCUCUCAGGUGAUCACCGACAACAUGUUCUGCGCUGGAUACCUGCAGGAACCCAUGGACUCCUGCCGUGGUGACAGUGGGGGGCCAUUCGCUAUGCACUACAAGGACACCUGGUAUCUGACUGGCGUGAUCAGCUGGGGAGAGCGAUGUGCUGCCAAGGGAAAAUACGGGGUGUACACCCGCGUCUCCAACUACCUCUCGUGGAUCCACGACACAGUCUCCUUACAAAACAACACUGCUUAGAGAAAAGGGUGCGAUAGACAGCUAUGGCCAAAUGUUUUGCAUCACCUAGAAUUUUAGGAUUGAGACAAUUAUUUUAAAAAUAAUAAUAAUUUAAAAAGCUUUAUGAAGAUAUUUUUUUAUUUUUAUUUAACAUCAUGUAAUCAAAGAAACUACAAAAUGAUAUUGCAAAAGUCAAGCAAAAGCAAUAAUAGUACAGUAUUUUUUCAUGUUCGAUUGCAAAAUGCCACAUUGUCAGUUUGUUAAUUCUAUAGGGUGAUGCAGAACUUUUGGCCGUAGCUGUAGACAGUUUGGUAUUAUUACUUUAAACAGUAUUUAUAAAAAAUUCAGUAUGGAUUGCAACACUAGCCUGAAUUGCAUGUUGAAAUUAAGUUCCCCGUUUCCUUGCCUUGCAGGAUGUCUGUUACUGCUUUACUUUCUUGGUCAUUUCAUCUCAGCAGGGUCAGAAGUGGAAGAGUCUAAAAGCAUGGCUUGAAAAAUGAGAUACAUUUAACAUAGUGUACUACCUGAGGUAAUGAUUUAAAAUUCAAGUAAAGACGCUCCGCGUGGAGUGCAGGAUGCGCCCUGUAGCCUGGAGAUCGCAGGUUCGAAUCCAGGCUAUGUCUUUGCCAACCGUGACCGGGAGUUCCCAGGGGGUGGCGCACAAUUGGCCGAGCGCCGCCCGGGUAGGGAGGGCUUAGGUCGGCAGGGAAAUCCAUGGUUCACCGCGCAUCAGCGACUCCUGUGGCCGAUAGGAUGCCUGCGGGUCUGCAGUGGAGCCAUUCAGAUCUGUGUUGUCCUCCGGCACUAUAGGUCUGAUGGCUUCACUGUGGAUCCGCAGUUCAAAAAAAAAAAACAGCUUGGCAGGGACACGUUUCGGAGAACACGUGUAAAUGUAAUGGAUGUGCAUGGCACAGAAAAUGUGGAGAACCAUUUUGCUAGCUACACUUUAAAAGGAAGAAGUUGUGAUGAUAGGUUGAGGGAACAAUGUAUUUAGCCUAAAAGAAAAGAUUAAAAAGGAGUGGAGAAUGUAUGCAAUGGGCCGAUGCAGAAUCAUUGGGUCCUUUAAAUGUGUAUUUUGUGUAUAAAAGAUAUUUGUGGUGGCAGGGGGUGAAUUUACAAUAACAUCUAAACCUGCAACAAUGCUGAAUCGUGAUUUUAACCUUCAAAGUUCUCAUUUGAAUAUUUUUGGUUUCGAGCCUCAGUGAUGGCUCAACUAGGCUGAAUAUUUUUGGUUCUGAACCUCAGUGAUGGCUCGACCAGGGACCUCACCCCAAGUUUCCAUUCAUACAUUAGUAGUAGCAAAAUCAGUUUUAAAAAGACUCACAUUCAGGGCUUGGCACUCAUUGAAUGUGUCCCCACUUUCUGUAUGACACGGGAAAAUGAACUGACUUAAAAAGCCCAAAAGAUCAUAGUUUUUCUUAGGACUACGAAUUGCAAAUCCCACUGAAAUACAAGUAAAAGUAAUACAAAAUUUGAAGCUAAAAUUGAACUCUGUCUACAAACUGCACUUACUUCCCUUACCCUACACACCUCUAAAUUGCUGAACAAAAACAGUACAGAACUAAAUGUGAGACAUCAUUUAUUGAUUAAUCGAAGUAACAACUUUGUUUCUGUACAAAGGGGCUCCGGUUUAAAUACAAACAGGGAUAUGACGAAAGACAGACUUUACAGGAAUUCAGAGCAAAGCAAACAAUCCUAUGAUGCUGAACAGUGUUAUACAUCCAAACUAAAUAAAAAAAACAAAACAGUCUCUAAAGCAAACAAAUAGAGUCCAAGGGCAGAGAGGGGGUGGGAAUAUCAAUUGGGUUAUGGAAGCAGUGACUGUUUUAAAAAAAAAAAAAAAAAAAAAAAAAAAGGCUUUAAAAGAAGCGAAUCACAAAGGCAUCCGAUUUCCCUCCACACUGAUUUUCACAGCAUGCGCAGGCUUGGUCAGCCUCUUGAUGUCUGCAAAGCGCCGCAUCUGCUUAUCCACUCGGGUUACUCCUUUCUUGAUCGGCCCCUGCAAAUGAAACGUAGACAAUUAGCAAGAGAAGAUAAGGGCAAAAUAAGGGGUUCAAAACCGCAAAUUCACAGGAGCUGGAGAUUGCCUGGUUACAGACUAGAGCUAGCACCCAAGUGUCAACUUGUCAAAAUAGUAAAGUUACAGGACCUCAGAAGCUGGUACUCAACUAAUCGCAUAUUACGUGAUUGUGAAAUAAUUGCAAAGUGUGUGGUUUCAGAAGUGCAGUUGCAAUCCAAUGACAUAUAAAUCACAUUUUAAAACAUAAAAUAGUUUAAAAAAAUUCCAAGUCAUUUUAAAAUUGAAUGCACAAGUUGCAAAAUGCUACGAAAUAGUAUGUUCCCAAACUUAGCACCAGGCAUACAUGAUGAAUGGGCAACAGUGUGUGGAGUAGUGGUUAGGGCUCUGGACUCUUGACUGGAGGGUUGUGGGUUCAAUCCCAGGUGGAGGACACUGCUGCCCUUGAGCAAAGUACUUUACCUAGAUUGCUCAAAAAAAAACCCAACUGUAUAAAUGGGUAAUUGUAUGUAAAAAUAAUGUGGUAUCUUGUAACAAUUGUAAGUCGCCCUGGAUAAGGGCGUCUGCUAAGAAAUAAAUAAUAAUAAUGAUUUGA